AAAUUCAUGCCACGUGACAAUGUUUACCUUAUAGUCGACAAUCAAGCAGCUAUCAGCUGCACGGCGGCCCGGAGAUGCUUUAGUUACCAGGUUCGCUGAUAAACAUCUGAAUAAGUGCCGUACACAGUGUCCCAUGUGAAUGGAAGAGAUGAGCGUCUCAAAGCAGAGAGCCAGAGAUCUCGUGCCGGCCUACGGUCACAGUUUGGAGCAGCAAAUUGUGGGACGAGGCUCCAACCUGGUGUGUAGAGACGAGGAGCUGUGGACGCGGGUGGAGGGCCUGCUGAAGGACGGGGAUGCUCAGGAGACACACUGCCUGGGUCUGGAUCCACUGAGGGUGAUGGAGGAGUCCCUCGCGGCGGCGGCAGCAUCGACGACAGCAGCCGGCGCUGGGCGAGUCAGAACCAGAGGAGGGCUGCAAGGCCUGGCUAAAGCUUUUGAGGUCCUGGAGCAAGCGGCCCUGAACCUGUACCUCGGCCCCUGGAGGGAUGAGUACAAAGUAGUCAAGAUGUACUCCGGUAUGUUCACCCACUUCAUCAAACCGGUGAUGUCGAUGCCACAGAUUGAGAAACUGUUUGGCCUGCUGGGAUACCGGCCCAGCUCGUCUCGGCACGAGCAGCUCCGUCUCCAGUCGCCCCGCGUUGGUCCUGCCUCUCUGGAUGACCUCCUCUGCUUGUCGUGUGCCUUCUUCCUGGCCCGCUGCGAGUGUUUCCUCCUUCGUACGGCUCUGGGGAAGCACGCUGGCGAGGCCCAGUGGGAGCUGAGUGUGGUGAGGGAGAGGCAGAGAGGAAACUGCUUACAGGUUGCCCUGGACAACACCAAGAAGACUCUGGGUGCAAACCCGCCACAGAUGGAGCCGUAUGAUGGCGACGCUGAGGUGGAUCUGUACACUGAUGAGCACGUCAAUGGGGGGCAGAGGGAGGCGGUUCUCCAUGACGACGAGAGUCCCCACUCUUUGACCUGGGUGAAUCAAAGCACCGCGUCGCCCCCCGCAGCCAGAGCACACAGCAACCGAGUGAUGUCCCUGUCCUCCUCGACCACCAGAGAGCACGCCUGCGUCUCUAAACUUGACUGCCAGCUGACCAAGUCGUCCUCACCGGAGUCGGACCCUACCAGGAGCUUCUCGGCCGGCAGAUGCCCCCGUGGAGAGACGUGGUUCGACAAGGCGGACUCUCAGUGGCACAGCCUGCAGGUAGAAGCAACGGGGCUUUGCAAGAGCGACCUGUGCAGCUGUGACCAUAUGUCUCACGGUUGUCUUGGAUGCUGCGUUGAAUGCAAAAUCACGCACCACAUAAGCUGUGCCUCACUUCAGCAUUGCUUCACGGAGAACCACCGCAUGGUGUUCUCCGACAGUGCGACCGAAGAGGCGAGCGAAUUCAGGGCACUGUCGCUGCAGGGCGGAAGCCUCAGGCUGAGCAAUACGAGCGUGUCGCCGACGCUCUCCAGCGGCAGCGCAGCGAUGUCCUCCUUAGCCCUGUGCGAUGACCCUAAAUUGAUGAUGCUGCCCCUUCAUCCGAUCGCCUACCACGAUUGCUGCGACCUCGCCCAGCUGGACCCCCAGGCCCUGUGCAUCAGCUGCGGCGUCUUCCACACUCGUUCCUGCCGAGAGAGAGACUUCUGCCAGAGGCACCACGACAUCAGGCUGCUGGGAGUGUGCUCCUGCGGGAGGGAGUGCUCCCGAAAGCCCCUGGUCCUGUGCCGAUAUUGUGGGAACGAGUAUUGCCGCGAUUGUUGGUACAGAAAUCCCGUCGCGUGUUCCUGCGGCCAAACGUUUGACCAGUCGUCUCCUGUGUGAUUUUUUUUUUUUUUUUUUUUUUUUUUUUUUUUUUUUUUUUUUUUUUUAAAUUUGGAAAAAAGCAUCGUGCUAAAUGAGGCACAACUAGCAAAAAUCACAGUGCCUUUAAUAUCUGCGUACUGGAAACAGAAUUCUGUUCUUUUUUAAAAUAGAGUACAAUGAAUCGGAAAUUCUAAUGUUGCCUUGACACGAUGCUGAAAUGCAGUAUUGAGUGUGCUUCGAUUUUUCUAUUUCAGUUUUCUUUCUGAGACUCGCCAUUCAGUUCUUCUACAAGUGGCCAUAUUUACCAUUAUCAGCAUUUUGAAAAUGUCGUGUGUUGUUGAGACUAAGUCGUGGUUAGAGUUUGUGCUUCUGGGUCUCUUUAAAUGUAAUUUAGUGUGACGCACAGGAAUGUCUGUCUUCACCUGUAUGUGUUGCCUGCACACACACUGGAGUAAAGAGUGGUCAAUAAGCCAGUUGUCUGUUUUUAAAUGUUAUUUGGUGACAGUGGAGUUGCCAUAUAAGAAUGUACAACUCUGAGAAAAACAUUUAAUACAUCAUAACGAAUACCAAUCAAGCUCUUAACAUUAAGGGGAGACAACCCAGUGAAUAUGGUAAAAAUAUGUAGAUAUCACCAGGAAACCUCCACAGUUAAUUACUUACAUUUAGACAAUUGCUUUUUGUAUUACAAGUUUUCUGAAAUUGUUUGAAUAUGACAAAUGUUGUUAGUAAUAAAAUGUUCAUCAGUCUAUGAAUGAUAUGUGAACAAACCCUCUUUAACAACCUUCAGAGUAGAGAGGAAUGAGAUUUGUGGAUCAGAGGGGACAUCCCGAGUCUCUUGUGUCAUCUCCUCGCUCCUCGCUUGAACCGGACGUUGUUCUGCUCCGCCAUAUUGACGGCCGUCCCAAAGCUCUUAUUUCUGCUCGGAGGGAUCCUCUGAGGAGGGAUCCUCAUUGUUCAUCAGUUAUGUGAUUGGAUGCUGCAGCUGAUCGGACUGACUGGAGUUUC